AUGAUGCGGGCAACAAUUGCUUCUUCUUCUUUGAAGGUUGGUUAUUGUAAACCGAAUGUGGUUACUUUCGGUACCCUUUGCGCCAACGGUAACAACACUUCAGCAAUCCAAUUGCUUAAGAAGAUGGGAGAAGGGGCGUGCAAGCCUAACAUAGUUAUUUAUAACACGAUUAUUGACAGUCUUUGUAAAGAUACUCUAGUUGUGGAUGCAUUGAACCUCUUCUCAGAAAUGAUGAGUAAGGGUAUUGCUCCAGAUGUCAUGACCUAUACCUGUUUGAUUCAUGGAGUUUGCAAAUUGCAGGAUUGGAAAGAAGCUACAAGAUUGUUGAAUGAAAUGCUUAAAAGGAUGGAUGAUGCCCGGAUGCUUUUUCUGGAAAUGUCUCAUAGGGGAAUUGUUCCAAAUACGGUUACGUAUAGUACUCUUAUUGAUGGAUUUUGCAAGAUGGGGAGAACACAAGAUGCAAUGAACUUGUUCUUUCAAAUAGCUGAAAAAGUUUCAAAUGCAUGGGAUCUCUUUCAGAGUUUGUCAUUAAAAGGAAUUCAACCUGAUGUCAGACAUGAAAGUGUGGAUAAUGACGACGACAACAGUGGCGAGGGCAAUAGUGGUAGGGAUGGCAACAAUGACGAUGGUGACGGUUGUGGUUGUGGUGGCAAAGUGGUGGUUGUGUUUAUGGUGGUGGUGGUGGUUGUGGCGGCAACAAUGGUUGUGGCAGUUGUGGUGGUGGUGGUAAUCGUGGCGGUAUGGCUGUGGUGGUGUUUUGUAUUGGUGGUGGAGAUGGCGCGACUGUGGUGUGGGCCAUGUGGUGGUGGUGGCAACAAUGGUGGUGAUAAUGGCAAUGGUGGUGUAAGAGGUUAG